GGGGGUGGGGUAAUGAUGGUUGCUGGAGGGGAAAGGGAGGAGGUGUGUGUGUGUGAGGGGGGGGGGGGUCUGUUUGUGUGGGAUCAGGCAAGGGCUUGCCUAUAUGACGAGGGCCACUUGCAAGUUUCCUGUCUGGUAAAGCUCGAGCCCUGCCCAGAGACGCAGGCAGCUGAGCUGGCCCACAGGCAGACAGGGGAGCCAGAGCGGGGGGAAACUUACCUCGAUUUGACAGGAAAACAGACGGACGGCAGGACGGAUACACGGGUGGGGGCUGUGCUAGGCGGCUCGGCGGCAGGCUGGUGGAAGAUGUCGUCCGGAGCCGGCGGGAGGGGAGGAAGGCGACUCAGGGGGACGGUGGGCGGCGGAGGUCGAGGAGUUGCCGGAGAGGCCGAAGAAGGCCCCGUGGGGAUCCCCUUCCCCGAGCACAGCGCCGACAUCCUGGGUAGCCUCAACAAGCAGCGGCAGAGCGGACUGCUCUGCGACGUUCUGCUGAUCACCCAGGAUCGGGAGUUUCCGGCGCACCGCUCCGUCCUUGCGUCCUGCAGCUCCUACUUCCACAAGCUCUUCACGUCGGGAGCGGCCGCCGACCAACGCAACGUCUACAACAUCGAUUUUGUGGCGGCGGAGCCGCUCGGAGCAUUGCUGGACUUUGCCUACACGGCCACACUGACGGUCAGCCACAGCAGCGUGGCUGACAUUCUCGCAGCCGCACGCCUCCUGGAAAUCUCACCCGUUCAGGAUGUCUGUACACACUUACUGGACACCAAAGUGCUCUCCCCGCCGGCGGGCAGUGAGCAGCGAAACGAAGAUGAGGAGAAGAGCAGAGGAGGGAGCGAGCAGGGCAACCAGGUGCUGGCCCGGGAGUUUUUGGAGUAUUUCCAGCGAGGGGCGCACUGGGCCAGCAGCUGCAGCACGCCAGAGCUCGGGGACCUGCCGACGCACCUGCACUUUAACCACGGCAACGGAGGGACCCCCAGCAACGGCGCGCCCGGUGGCCCCGGUGAGUACUACUCCCCCCUGGCCCUGGCUUUGGCCCAGGCCCCCAUCCAUGAGCCAGAAGAGGACGAAGAUGAGGAAGAGGAUGACGAGGAUGGGGAAGCGGUGCAGGGAAACGGAAUAAGCCUCGGGUCAUUUUACUGCCCUCCCUCCCAGAACGGGCACUUCUACCUCCCCCCCGAGGCUCGGACAGGGCACGACACGCCGGAGACGGAGGACGCCGCCCUGCAGCUGAUGGCUAGGGAAAGGGGCUCGGCUAGUGCCCUCUUGCAGCAGAUGAUGGACUCCAUUGAGAGGCAGAAGCAGCGUGGGGCGGCCGGGGAGGAUCCGGGCGACGGCGAUGACCCGGACAUGGAAUUUUACUACAAUUACUUUAACAGCACUCAGCUCGAGGACACGCCUUCUGCCGCCGUGGCGGCGGGCGUUCCGCCGCUGUGGUUGUCACGGAGCAACGCCGGCCACGACAGAGUGGGCGGAAGGGAGAGGGGGGUCGGCGAGAGGGGCGGAGGCGACGGGGAGAGGAAGAUGCGCUCAAAGGCCUUUCAGAAGUGCCCCAUAUGCUCCAAGGUCAUUCAAGGAGCGGGAAAGCUUCCCCGCCACAUUCGAACACACACGGGGGAGAAACCCUACGAGUGCGCCAUCUGCAAAGUGCGCUUUACCAGGCAGGACAAGCUCAAGGUUCACAUGCGGAAGCAUACGGGAGAGAAGCCUUACCUUUGUACGCAAUGCGGGGCCGCCUUCGCUCACAACUACGACCUGAAGAACCACAUGCGCGUUCACACUGGCCUGCGCCCCUACCAGUGCUCCAGCUGCUUUAAGACUUUUGUACGCUCAGACCACCUGCACCGCCACCUCAAGAAAGACGGCUGCAACGGCAUCCCGUCCCGCCGGGGCCGAAAGCCUCGGGUGCGAGAGCCGGGGCUCCUGGAUGCCCCGAUAGGCCUGCUGAGCCCCGGCUCGGACACUGGCCUGGAGCCUCACAUCAUCAAAGGGCGGCAACUCUCUGAAGCGCUCAAGUCUGAGGUGGAGGGGACCCACGAACACAGCCCGCACCUAGUAGUGGGGGCUGGACCCUGAGACAAACUCUUAAAAAAUUGACGGACGCCGUCACGUAACUCUGCUCCGACCUGUCUACACAGAGGAGGAAAAAUACAGACUUGAAAGAAAAUAUAUCGAUAUUACAAAAAGAAACUAAAUAUGGCUCUAUAAACCAAAAUCAGGGUGUCGCAAAAAUUUUAAUCGGAACAUUUCUUUCUCCUUUUACUUUGGGGAAACAAAGUAGACGUGAAAGCACUUGAGUCUGUUGAAAGAGCAAAGAACGCUUUGAAUCACACACCCGCAACGUCCACUUUCUGGGCCAUUUCUUAUCGUUAAUAAUAGGGGGUUUUAUACAUUGGCAAAAUGUAUAAAGGACACUAAGAAACUAUGCAGUUGAUUUUAGGUUUUUAUUAUCGGGUGAGCUCUGAGCAAAGGUGUCUGAGCUCCUUCCGGCUGCCGUACGGGUGAAGCGAGGACAAAUCUUUCCCGGAGAAAACAGCUUUUUUUUUUCCCAGGUCUAGAGAUGUACAGUUACCAUAGAAACAACCUUGCCAUAAUAUGGCAUAUGCAAGGAAAAACUCACCAUACUUGUGAUGCAACAGCUCGCUCGCUUGCUCUCUCUCUCUCUCUUUUUCUCCAAAUGUUCCAGAAAGAGUCAUAGACAAGGGUUUGAUUGAAGUGUUACUUACUCGAUAACAAAAAAAAUUGUAUCGGGAGAAUCCAUCGUUUUGUCUUAGCGAUUGAGUCGAAUCCACACCGUUUGGGGGCUCGAGGAUUGCAGGGCGAGGGAGUACGAGGCUCGGUGUUUUUAAAACGCUACCACUGCCCUCACAGCCCUGCAAUUUAAGUUUUCCUGUCUUAAUUUGAUUUUUGUUCCUUUUUUUUUUUGCGUUGACUGGGUACUUGACACUUUAUAAUGUAUUCAUGUAUAUACAGCAUGGGCUGAUAUGACGUCCCCGUGAACCGUUCUGGCUUCUCGUGGGCUUGAUGUCUUAUUUCUCCCAGCGUUGGCAAACAACCCCACCCGUAUGAAUGUUUGUUGGGCGAUGGUAUGGAGUCACCUGAGGGGGAGAGACAAAAACUUGACAGUUCCUGCCUAAAAAUGAUGAGUCGUUUGAAGUGAUUGAACGAAUGUGCUUUGCUUUUGUGCAGUGUGUCCUUGUGGGACAAGGCGCAGGUUUAAGGAACAACAGGGAGACCAAAUGAGAAUGAAUAGAAACACAUUUUAUUUAUUUAUCCCCCUCUGUUUGGACAGUUCCACUAAAGACAUCCAAUAGAAACGGGGGGCAAGGAGAGUAUAUUUAAAGAUUUAAAGAACUUUUUUUUUAAUAUAUAGCUUUCUCUUUUGGGACCUCUCAACCUGGGCGACGUAGAGAGCAGUAAAUACCUGCCCGUGUCAGGAGGCCAACUAGAAGUGCAGCUGCAGCUGGUUCGCGGGAGGAAAGGGGAAGGGAGGCGGCUCUCGCCAUGUCUGAUGCAUUCCAAAAAAAUUAAUCUCCCCCAGCUCAGCCACGUUUUCAUGCAGGAGGAGGGUGGGGGAUCGGAUCAUGCCCCCCCACCACCACCCACCCCCAUCCCCACACACUCUGUGGACCUCUAAUUCCCUUAAGGGAUAUGAUUAUAAUAGAGCCUGGCGUUACCAUGAGUGCGUGUGUGUGCGUGGCAGCCAGGGUCCCUCUGGCCACAUCAUCAGUGUGUGAGUCAGCCCCGGCCUGUUCAAACAUGCACCUUGAGCUGCAGCCUCAGCGCACUUUUCUGUCUCUCCUCAAAGUCACAUUUCCAACCGAGCAGUCCGGUUCGCCUCACCGCGGCGCAGUAUGGACACGGGUCAUGUCCGCCUGGCGCGGGUUUGGCGGGCGACCUUAUUCGUAGACACGGCCAAGAUGUGAACGGACGGAAUUGUCUCUCAGCCAAUCAAACAAAAUAGUGGUGGCUUUAGUUACACUCUCUGAAGCAAACUUUUUUUUUCUACUUUGUCGCUGGCACAAGAGUGCUGAAAAGUGGGACCUUACAGUGUGAGAUACUUUAAAAACCUGAACAGUGGAAACGCCGAUAUACCGAAUUGUACUGCUUGGUGGAAACGAGACGUCAGAAAUGAAUCGUCAUAUUCCAAAUUUGUUGAUCUUUGAAUUUAGGGAUGGCCAUUUGGAUUGUUUUCUAAAUCAAUCACGGGAGAAAUUAACCAUCGAUUCUGUAUUUUGUUCAGCUUUUUUUUUUUUUUAAUGAGUGAGAAUUUGAAUAUUCUGAACUCCUUUUUCUGCACUCGAAGGAGUUGACGUUGCUCGGCCACCCAUAGCGGAAGUCAUUAAAAAAAAAAAACUUUUAGAACCACAAACUAGUUGACCCUGAAUCAACAGGACAGUACAACACUCCAUUUGAACAUAUUUAUAGACGCCAAUCCAUUUUUAUGCCCAUCCCUACUUGGACCUAUCCCCAAGACUUUCCUCACCGAGAGCCCCCCCCCCCUCCCCUUGCCUGAUACAAACAAGAUCAUCUCUGCUGUACUCCUCCUGUCCUCAAUUGCACCUUAAUCAGAACGAGGCAGGUUCCGCAAGCACUUUGUUACAACACAAGGGCACUUUUGUUAACAAAACGGGUACUUAAGGGGAGGGGGGGGGGGCGCAAAUGAGAUCUGCCCCCUUCUUCACUUAGUGGUGGUAAAUAUAAAGGCCCUUUGAUGCUUCACGAGCUGCCAAACACAUACCCAUACACGCAAAAAAAAGCAAACUAGUGCUCUAGAAGAAAGCCCUGGUCAAAGAUAAUUCAUGUAACUGAAUGCACUUGAAGUUAGCGGUUAGCGAUCUGUCUAAAUAAAUGUCUUUCUUAAGGUAGAGGGGAGAGAGUUGUUUGUUUUUGUGUGCGCAAGCUGUCUGGCGGACUGCGGGGUCUCGGGAUAAGCUUGUGUAAACAAAUGUUGCCCCCCCACUCACCCCCCAUCUGUUCCCCAGCUCCCCUCCUAAGCGUGCGGUGAUAACGGGGCCCCCAAUGUUGUAAAACAGCUCAUCGGACAGUCGCUUGUUUACUUCACAGCUCUCUUGGUGUACAUUUGCAUAAAUCGUGGGUUUACCCUCGCUGGUCAUUGUCAGCCGCUGUCCGAGCCUUGAGAAGAGUGUACUUUUUUAAUUUCUUUUUCUUGAGUCCCCAUCCUCAUUUAAAAGAAAAUAAAAAAGCCAACGGAUGCUUUAGUACAGACCCUAAGCCGGUUUUGUUUCGGAAUAACCUUUGAGCCAUCGAAACCUGUGUAUACUCUAUUUAGACCUUUUAUAUUUCCUCUUACAGUCUUUGGGUGCUUUCACACUUGUAACAUUUUUUUUUCGAACUGCGUUUUCACCACAAUUGCUACCUGUUUUCCAAAACUGGCAAAUGAACGAAUCCUUUGGUUUCUCAUGAAAACGGUUCGGAUGGACCGCGAGAAACGGACCAAUUUUACUCAAGUCAUACGCUGGUAAGGAGGCAGGAAGCAAAUUACAGAUGUGAAAGCAUUCUGACGCUACUUGUACCUGUGCUGGUUUAGAGCCGAGAGCCCAAAAAUAGCCCAGAUUGCUCGAGCUGAGGGGGGAGUGGAUGGGGCGUGACCCCAAACGCCCAUGCGGCAAGAAACCAGUCAAAUGUAAUCAUGCCGCUGCGGAAACAAACACUUAUUCUUACGAAUGAAAGAAAAGUUGAACCAAACCAAGCACCGGUUCAGAACCAGCACUGGCACCUGCCCUUUUUUUUGGGAGGGUGGGGGGUUGGCUUUGCUUGAAGUUGUUACGCAACAACGUGGCUCCUGAGCGUGCGAAUGUUGGAUGUGGGUGAGGUCGACUGGGCCCGUGGCGGGAAACUACUGCCCCGGUUGUUAGCGUGUGUUUUCUGGGAUUUCAAGCCUGAUGGCACUGGAAGUGGUGCUUUAGCUGAGCGUAGCGCGGACCUUUGCACUAACUGUCAAUGUUCUUGUCCUGCUGGUGGGAGACGACCUCAGAAAGGCCACCAGGGUGGACCUGGGUCGGUGCCGCCCAAUAGAAGUAAUCCUGCAUCGUAUAUAUGUGAUGUAUACGUCCAACGUUGAACUCAUACCAAAGGAGAACAAAGAUAAAAGAUAUAUUACGACGUACCAGUUUGAAUCGUUGGAUCAUUGGCGUUCGAAACCCCAGUGAAUCCAACGUGUGCUUUUGUUGGGUGAAAGAUUCCAAAUUUGGACCUCUCAUUCGAAAUAUUUGGGCUGGUCCUGUUCUGAAGGGCGCACGGUGUACAAAGAUCUGGAACACAGAUGAGAUGUAUGUAUUUUCAGUCAAACUGAUCACUUAAUUUUCCUUUUUAUUUGUAAUUUUGUUUUUCCCCUCAAUGAAAAGAAACAUGUUUAUUCGUUCCAUCGGUCUGUGAUUGUGUUGCGAUUUUGCAAUGUGGACCUCCGGCUCACUCCCACAACAUGAGCCUUACGGGGGCCCUGUUUGACCAAACCCACGCCAUGUCCUUCUCCCACAAGAAACACCGCGUUUGCUUUUUGUUUUUUUGUUUUUUUUUCUCUCUCUCUGCUCUGUGUUUUCCGACCAAACUCUACGAGCUGACGCGAAUCGUGCGGAUGUUUAAGCUUUACUUGAAUUAAUUUAUUGUUUUUAUUCUUACCUUGUUUGUUUCGAAACUCAGAGAGUUGUGCAGUCAAUGCAAUCCCCGACUUCUCUGAUUCGUGAGUGUUUUUUUUUUUUUCAAAUGGACCUUGACUUUUCUUUUUCUCUUAUCAAAGACUUUUUGCUGAAUAUAUCUGAGAAAGCCAUAAAACAAGACCAACAACCAUGAUAAAAGAUUUUUUUUUCUAAAGGUGAGAUCAAUAGACUGUUAUGGAGUUUUGUGGCGGGGGGGGGGGGGGGGGUUAUUAGGGAUACUUGAUCAGUGGCAGCGACUCGUUGCCAUUGUGUUUUUGCACCUGAUUGGUAUUUGACUUGUUUUCCCCCAUCUGGCUGUAUAAGCAGCGUGGCCAUCCUUGUGCCCUCCUUCAGCUGGGCUGGCCCUCAGUACCUAAGAAAAACUGGACUACAUCAGGUCCUAACAGAAAAUGUGCACUGCCCCCAGAACUCUCACAGAAGCUUGCUGGUCCUCAGUUCCUAAUGAACAGUUGCCACUUUUAGGCGGCCGCCUUCGGGUCCCAAUGAAAGUUGGGCCAACUCCGGAUCGUAAAGGUCCCAAUGAAAGUUGGGCCAACUCCGGAUCGUAAAGGUCCCAAUGAAAGUUGGGCCAACUCCGGAUCGUAAAGAAAUAUGGGGUGCGGCCAUGCCCUCAAAAUUUAAGAACAAAAGUAUUGGCCUUAGGUCUUGGGUUUAAGGGGUUCAGCUCUCAGAUUCGAGCAAAAGGUGGGCUGCCCAUACUUCUAAAGAAAAAGCGGGCCAUCAUCAGGCCCAACAAUUAGUGUACCCAGCAGUUCUUAGACAGAGGUCGGUCACUAUUCCCAGCUCUUAAGAAAAUGGAGGGUGCCCACGGUUCUUGAAAGUACUGUCAAUCACUACCAAAUGUUGCCCCCCCCCCAAGCUCAGCUCCUAAGUGACAGUGGGCUGUCCCAGGUCGCCCGUUCUUGCGGGGCACCCUCUACUCCUAACAAAAUUUGUAUCUCCUGCUUCUUAGCAUAUAAAUGUGGAAAGAGCCAUUGCGGGUGAAGGUUUUGGGUAGUCACGUUUUCAGGGUCAGGGUAGCGCGUGAACUUGGUAGUUUUGGAACGGUGAGGCCAAAACGUCCAGAAGUUACGGAAUGUUGCGGGUCUCCUUUUUGCCUCUUUGUGCAAGUACUUCUCAGGUGGAAACAAAACACUGCUAUGCAUUUGGCUUUCUUUGUAUGUGUGUCAUACCAAUGCUCUCUGUCGCCUCGCUGAUUAGCAGACACAAGGAAAAGGAGGGCUGGGCUUCUUGUCAAGUAUGAUAUUGAUUUCAUACCUUGAGUGAGGGAGCCACCGAAUGAGUCUCGGCUUUGAACGGUAGCACCAGGAAGUGGAGCCUCGCGUCAUGCAGCCACUUAAAGCAAACAUUCCAUAACUUCAUACUGUGAUUCCCCUUUCCUAUUCCGCACACAUGACGAUUUAGCUUUUUUUUUUUUUUUUAAUUCUUCCUCUCAGCUUCUGCGAUUGUAAACGUUAGCACUUUGCGAUUAAAAAAGGCCAACAUCCAUUGUGUGUUUUGAUAAUGUCCUUUUUUCCUUUCUUGUCGCUUCGGUGAUGCUAUUUCAAUUCCCCAUUGUGAGAAAAUACACUUGAAUUGUUCCGUGGAUGAUGGACCGUUGUAUUGGAUGCCCUUCGUGUGAUUGGUUCUCAUUUCGGGGAGACUCUUUCGAAGCUGCCGCUGAAUGUCACGCGUAAUACAGGGGUGGGCAAUCUACAAUGGCCGUCAGGUCAUUUGAUGCAGCCCACCGUACAAUCCUAAAAACAAACGCAACCUCAAGUCUUUAGGAAAAAAUUCCCCACCCCUGGUGUACAGUACAACUUUGGAUCAGGUAUCCAUCUUGAGCACUUUUGUUUGUUUGUUUUGCUAAUCAGCACAAAGUUAUUGCAGUCUAGUGGGAAGAAAGGUAAUGAUCAGAACAUGACCUGGGAGAUUAAUGUAGAUAAUAGGCUAUUUAUUUCGAGCAAAGUCAAUGAGGUUUCCGUUUCCCAGCACUCAAACUGGGAUUGCAAAUUGUAAACACAAGAGUCACGUCAGGCACCAAAAUACAUGACCGUGCAACAUCUGAAUCCAAAUGUAUGACAAAAAACUAUCGAAAGAAUGAGUUGAAUAUUAUGAGUGACAAUGUGUAGUUUGUUUGCUCAAUUUGACUCUUGUUUGCUUAUUUUUUUUGCUCCACUUGUUUAUGAAGCUGCAAGCAGAUGAAUUAUUUUGGGGAGAAUUUGCACUUUCUGGUGAUGAAAAAAAAUGUAUAUGAGACCACUACAUCCACAGAGUCAAAAAUCAUGUAAUUCCAUGUUGUAUUUUUUUUUUUGUUUGUUUUGUUUUUGUAAUAUAUCCAAAAAUGUCUGGCAUCUGGUUGUCUGGUUUAAACAAUAUACAAAUCUUUCUAUUAAAAAGAAAAACAAUGGUUGCAAAGGUG